UUAGAAUAGUAUAUUUUGAGAAUCGGUUGAGUUGAAGUCAUGAAUUCCAUAUUGGUUUUUUCCCUAUUGGUUAGCCUAUUGGUAACAGGUACCUUCGCACAAUUGGUGGUAGAGACAGCAAAUGGCAGACUACGGGGACGCGAUCAGGGAGCGUAUUAUUCCUACGAGUCCAUUCCGUACGCGGAGCCACCACUGGGAGAGCUGCGGCUUGAACCACCGCAACCAUUCAACCGUAAAUGGGAUGGAAUCCUCGAUGCCACAAAGCCGUCAGAGAAUUGCGCGCAGUGGAGUCAGUUCAUUGCGCAACCUGAUAAACUGACGGGCAACGAGGACUGUUUGACUGUCAAUGUCUAUAAGCCGAAGAAUGAGUCACGCCAUACUUUUCCGGUCAUUGCAAACAUAUUUGGCGGUGCCUUCUCGUUCGGUGGUACAAUGGAAGAUGAGCCUCAGCCCCUAAUGAGCAGCGGAAAUGUCAUUUUGGUGAAGAUCAACCACAGAGUAGGACCUCUGGGAUUUUUAAGCACUGGAGAUGCCGAGUUGCCAGGGAAUAUGGGUCUGAAGGAUCAGAGAAUGGCAUUGCGCUGGAUUAAAAAGAAUAUAGGCUACUUUGGAGGAGAGUCUGAUAAUAUACUUUUUCUUGGAUUCUCCUCAGGAGCUGCAUCAGUCCAUUUGCAACUCAUGAAUAAGGAUCUUGAGAAGUUGGUAAAGGUAGCCGUUUCCCUUAGUGCAAAUGCCCUGGAUCCCUGGGUGGUGCAGGGCAAUGGACGUCGACAUGCUUUUGAAUUGGGUCGCAUUGUCGGCUGUGGUCUAUUAAACAACUCCAGCGAGCUCAAGAAGUGCCUGAAAUCAAAGGAUGCUAUGGCUAUAGCCGCUGCUGCUAGCAAGUUUUUGGUAUUCGACUAUAUGCCAUUUGUGGCAUUUGGUCCUGUAGUCGAGCCGAAGGACUCGGCUGAUCCAUUCAUGACCCAGCAUCCGACAGACAUUAUUAAGAGCGGAAAGUUUGCUCAAAUUCCCUGGCUGGUCACCUACACUCCAGAGGAUGGCAUUUACAACGCGGCUCUUGUGCUAAAGAGACAAUCCAAUGGCAAGGAAGCAAUCAAUGAGCUAAAUAAUCGAUGGUUUGAGCUAGCACCACAUUUCUUUUCCUACCGCUACCAAACAAAGACUGUAGAAGAGCUGGACAACCACUCGAGAGAACUUCGACAUCACUAUCUUGGUAAUAAAAGCUUUAGCAUGGACACCUACUUUGAAUUUCAGCGCAUGGUCACGGAUGUGAUGUUGAAGAAUGCAACGGAAAAGUCAUUAGAUCUUCAUCGCAGGUACGGAAAGAGUCCUUUGUAUUCGUAUGUCUACGAUAAUCCAGCUGAUAGGUCGUUUACACAAACUUUGUCUGGCCGCCAGGAUAUUUUUCUGGGCACGGGACAUGGCGACGACUACUUCAUGAUAAUGAGCAGUCCAAUUCGAGGCCAUCUGCGCGCUGACGAGAAGGUCAUUUCAUGGAAAUUAAUUAAGAUGUUGGAGCAAUUUGCUGAAACCGGAACCUUAGCUUAUGACAAUUGCAAGUUUCGUGAUAAUGUUGGGCAAAAUCAAUAUCAAUUGGUUAUCAUUCAGCGAAUCGGAUGCCAUUUGAGGCAAGUGGACGAGUUGCCGGCGACGGUGUCUAACAACCUUCCAAUAGGACCAGUUGUACUGUACUAAGCCAAAGUUAAAAUUGUCU